AUGUCCGAACCAGAUUGUUCUUCUUUUGGUGGCGAUGGCGGCAAUAACAGGUUGGCCACGGGAGGUAGCACAGAUGGCAAAGCCGAUGACGGCCCAUCAGGACUGAAAGUUUCUUCUUCUGGUGGCGAUGGCGGCGAUACCAGGUUGAUCGCGGGAGGUAGCAACGAUGGCGAAGCCGAUGGCGGCAUGUCCGAACCAGAUUGUUCUUCUUUUGGUGGCGAUGGCGGCAAUAACUUUGCCGGGGGGUAG